AUGACCAACCGCCAAUCACCCGACAUGCACACCGAGGCUGGAUUCCCGCUGCCCCUCGGUGCAAGCUGGACUGAGGCAACGGGUGCUGUCAACUUUGCGGUGUACUCCUCCGCUGCUACCUCGAUGUUCCUGUGCCUGUCCACCCCUGCGGAUCACGCACUGGGUAGGUUGACAUGGGAGAUCGCAUUCGACCCCAUCGUCAACCGGACUGGAGACACCUGGCACCUUGCCGUCGUAGGUCUUGAUUCCAACCUACUUUAUGGUUUCAAGGUGGAGCCCUGCGGCAGCUUCUCCGAGCUGGAUAGUGGCACAGCAGGCGCCAAACCCAGGUCUCAUGUGCUGCUGGACCCCCACGCCCGGACCGUGGUCAACGGACGCACCCGCUUUGGCCAGCUUGGGCCUCAGGACGUCGAGUAUGGAAGCCCCGGGGUCUAUGGCACGGGUCCCACCUGGCCCCUCACCCUGGCGGCCUUGCCCCAUGCCGCCCCCGCCAAGCCCUUUGACUGGGAGGGCGACCGACCCCUGGGCCGGCCCAUGGAGGACCUGGUGAUCUACGAGAUGCACGUCCGUGGCUUCACCGCACACACCAGCAGCGGGGUCGAGGCGCCGGGUACGUACUCGGGGGUGAUUGAGAAGCUGGACUACCUGCAGGAUCUGGGGAUCAAUGCGGUGGAGCUGCUGCCCAUCCACGAGUUCAACGAGCUGGAGUACUAUGACGGGGGGUCUCCGGCACGAUACAACUUCUGGGGGUACUCCACCCUGGCCUUCCAAGCCCUCAUGGCUCGAUACGCCGCAUCCGACGCCGCCACCGAGUUCAAGCAGCUCGUCAAGGCCUGCCACCAGCGCGGCAUCGAAGUCAUCCUGGAUGUGGUGUUCAACCACACUGCAGAGGGCAGCGAGGCUGGGCCGACCCUCUCCUUCCGGGGCCUGGACAACACCACCUACUACAUGCUGGCCCCUGGUGGGCAGUGCUACAACUACUCUGGCUGCGGCAACACGCUCAACUGCAACCACCCAGUGGUCUCCGCCUUCAUCCUGGACUGCCUGCGCACCUGGGUGCUAGACUUCCACGUGGACGGGUUCCGCUUCGACCUGGGCUCCAUCCUCACCCGCGCCCCCUCCAUGUGGACUCGGCCCAAGGGAUGUGGUGGUGGUGGCAAGCACGAGGAUGCGGCCAGGGGUGAGGCCGCCGGGGCCCGGAUGUCCGGCGCCACGUCACCUCCACCCCCCCAGGGCCCCCGGCACAUGGACGCCGGGGCGGGUUCGGCCACGGGCACGCCCCUGUCUGACCCCGGCCUGAUCGAGGCCAUCUCGACCGACCCGGUGCUGGCGCGCACCAAGCUGAUCGCGGAGGCCUGGGACUGCGGCGGGCUGGUCCAGGUGGGCGCCUUCCCCCACUACGCCGGGCGCUGGAGCGAGUGGAACGGGCGCUUCCGCGACGCGGCCCGCGCCUUCCUCAAGGGCUCCCCCGGCGCGCACGCGGGCGCCUUUGCGGCCGCGCUCUGCGCCUCGCCCGACGCCAACGGCGAGGGCGGGCGCGACGGCGAGACCCACAACCUGAGCUGGAACUGCGGGGAGGAGGGGCCGACGCGCGACCCGGGCGUGGCCGGCCUGCGCGCGCGCCAGGCGCGCAACCACGCCGCCGCGCUGCUGCUGGCGCAGGGCGUGCCCAUGCUGGUUCAGGGCGACGAGUGCGGGCACAGCAAGGGCGGGAACAACAACACCUACUGCCACGACUCGCCGCUCAACUGGCUGGACUGGCGCGCCGCGUCGGCCGACGAGGGCGGGCUGGCGCGCUUCGUGCGCGCGCUGCUGGCGCUGCGUGCCGCCCACCCCGCGCUGCGCGAGAAGGGGUGGCGGGGGGGGGGGGACCUGGUCUGGCACGGCCCCGUCGCGGGGGAGGAGCCGGGGUGGGGCGAGGACGGCCGCUUCGUGGCCUUUUCGCUGCCGGAAUCUGAUGGCGGGGGGCUCUACGUGGCCUUCAACGCGGGGCACGGCGCGGUGACCGCGGCGCUGCCGGCGCGGGCGGGGCGGGUGUGGGAGGUGGCGCUGGACUCGGGGCGGGCCCCGCCCUUCGACGUGCUGACCGCAGACAGCGCGCUGAGCGCGGACCAGGUGCACGCGGUGCGCGCAGCGGGGGAGCCGUGGCGGCGCGCGGGGGUGCUGCCCAUGCUUCCCUACUCCUGCGCGGUUUGCGUCUCGGUGCCAGACCCGCUGACGUCGGCGUAG